AUCAACUUGCUUACCAUGCACUCACUCUAUAUGACAUUCGACUGACUAUUGAGGUUUGUGGUGAUCCGCCUUCGUCUUUCUCUGUCCCGCAAUGCAGCUCGCUUGGCCAAUGUGAGCUGCUUUCAACAUGACCCUCGCCCGCAACAUCAUCGUCUUCACAGUCACCGUGUCUCUUGUCACAUUCGUAGCGUUUUUUGGACGUCUGCCGGCUUUUAGGAACACGCCCAUAGGCUUCCUGCACCGGCUCCUCAUCGUAUACAUCCCCUCGGCACUCCGCAACCUCGACCUUAAACUCACCAAUGGCCGCAUCACGAACGGGGGCUUCCGUUUGGGCCACUAUCUCAUGCAUGACAAACACCCGCUCGUUGUCAUCUUCUUCCUCGGCCUCGUGACCGCGUGCGCUUCGCUGUUUCUUCCCGCCCUUUGGCACCUACUUCGCCCGCACCAUAAGCUCCUCGUCUUCCUACUGCUACCACAGCCCUAUAUAUUCCUAUACCUGAGCGCCAAGAAGAACACCCAGACCUAUAUAAACACGCUGAACCAUGCCGAGCAGAUGCGGUACUACCCGUACGAUAGGGUGCUGUACUAUCCUGGGCAUACCUGCUCGACUUGCAAGUUCCUGAAGCCGGCAAGGAGCAAGCAUUGCAGUAUAUGCAAGACCUGUGUAUCGAGAAUGGACCACCAUUGCAUCUGGGUCAAUAAUUGCCUUGGUCGUGGCAAUUACAAGUGGUUCCUGGCCCUGUUGUUGUCUACGGCCAUCUUGAUAGCCUAUGGAGCAUACCUAGCCUAUCUUACUCUAACACCGUUGGCCGAGCGACAGUACAACAAGUAUGAGCGAUGGUACAUAUACGUACCCAAGCCAGGCUCGAACUCUUCCAGCUGGUUCACUUAUUUUGACAAGAAAGGUCAUUAUUUUCUCGCGUUCACGAGCAUUUACCUCGACGUAGGCGGUAUCCAAGCCUCAGGUGUCGGCUUGCUCGCGCUUUUGACUUGGCCUCUCCCACUCGGUCUACUUGCGUAUCACGUCUACCUCAUCUGGGCCGGGAUGACCACGAACGAAAGCGGGAAGUGGGCAGACUGGAGCGACGACAUGGCAGAUGGCGUAGUCUUCCUAGGGCAGCGGAAAGAAGACACAAUGCGUGAAAAUCGCUCGGACACCCAUAUGCAUGCUAUUCCUCUUCGCUCUGGUCGUUCUUCUUCAAGCUCCCCGAUUCCACCGGAGGACGAAGAGCCUCUUACAACAUGGCCGCUUGAGAGUAGACACGUACUCGUCCGAACACGAACCGGACAAGCACCGAAGACUCUUCCAAGUCACAUCAAACACGUUGCGAAGGAGGGAAGCUUCGAGCAAGUAUGGAGUCUCGCUGCAGUGGAGAAUGUAUAUGACUUGGGGUUCUGGGACAACCUCCAGGAGGUUCUGUUCAACUGAACUCCCAUACAUAGAUCCAAACAAUAUAAAAAUACUUGUAUUCCAAAGUGAAUCGAUUCCC